CGCGACCGUGCUCAGCUCCUCACAAGGCAGCUCUCAUCGGUUGCACGCCAAGAACAUCAUCCAGUAACCAGUGUAGCCAUCCAGUUAGCCUCUACUGAUCGUAGUUCUGUCUCCAGUUUCUCCUCGGUGACUAGUAGGAAAUCAGCAGCCAUGCCGAAGCAAAAGAUCGUGAUCCAGGUGAGCAUGUCGAGCGAGAAGAGCAGGUCCAAGGCCAUGGCGCUGGUCGCCAGAGCAGACGGGGUGAGCUCCAUGGGUGUCACCGGCGACGGCAAGGACCGGCUGGAGGUGGUCGGCGACGGCGUCGACACGGUCUGCCUGGUCCAGUGCCUGCGCAAGAAGAUCGGCCACGCCGAGAUCCUGCAGGUGGAGGAAGUGAAGGAGAAGAAGCCAGAGGAGAAGAAGAAGCCGGAAGAGCCCAAGGUUGAGCACCAGCUGCCGUACUGGUACCCCGGUUACUACUACCACCACAACAACCUGCCGCCACCGUGGCGGUGACUGGUGACUGUUUGUUCGAGAAAGGGGGCUAUAGAUUAACAGUUGGCAUUCAGCUUAUGCACGUUCUAUAUUUGUUACCUAUGGUAUUCCGUGCUUGAAUGAAAUUAUGGAAACGAUUCUUGGUAAA